AUGCCUGCGCGGGUCCUGCCAGCGAGGACGACCUCCGUGCUCGACAAUCUAUCUACAGCUAUACCGAAGAUUUUUGACCAAGUCCAGAACUCAACAUCAAACCACCAGAAGAAUCACAUCGCACUCUAUAAACUCCAGACUCAGGCCGCUGCUCACACCGAAGAUAUCCCUGGUCGCGGCAACAAGCUUAUUGGGGAGCGCGCGUUUGAGAAUGUUAUUAUUGACAUGAUCAAUCGUAUCUUGGUGGUGAAGAAGGCUGGAAACUUAGACCCGGCGACGAGGUGUCUCAAGUUCAUCGGGAGUUACAUCAGGUUUAUUCACGAUAAAUCUGCUGAAGAGAAGAAGGCCCAGCGAGGCGAUCAGGACGAAGAUUCGGAUGACGAUGAAGAAGAAGAACAUGUGGUCGUUCGCUUUACCAACCGGAUACUACAGUACCUGCUGAAGGGCUUUCUCGCCAAAGACAAGGUCGUCCGACACCGCGCCGUCUCCUUCGUGGCGGAGAUGAUCUCCCAUCUAGGGACCAUGGAUGACGAAAUGUAUGUCACUCUGCGCUCGUCUCUCAUGGAGCGAGCCUCCGACAAGGAGCACAUCGUUCGCAUGCAAGCAGUGUCUGCAUUAUCUAAACUCUGUGGGGGAGAAGACCCGGAUGAGCUCGCAGACGGCGAACCGACAAUUCUCUCAGAGCUAGAAGACAUAAUGGUUCACGAUCCAUCCGCCGACGUUCGCCGGAUAUGCCUCGCCAAUCUCGCUCAGCAGCUGGCCGCGUUUCCCCUCUCCCUGAAAGUCAUCCUUACCCGUAUCCGCGACACCGAAUGGCGUGUACGUAAAGAAGUAUACGUCUCGCUCCUCAAGUCCAUCCACCUCGGUGAGAAAGGGGACGCCGUCGGACCCACGCAUCCUCGUGUUCUUAGCAUCGACCAGCGCGAGUCCAUCGUACGGAUCGGACUACACGAACGAGAGAGAGAAGUCAAGACUGCAGCGGAGAAGUUGAUCCUGGCAUGGCUGACCGCAGUCUCGGUGGGAGAAAAGAAGGAUGUGAUGGAGGACUUAUUUGCGUUCCUGAAGCUUUUUGAUCUGACGGAGAGCAAGACGGCGGAGGAGGCGCUCACCAGCGUCUUUAAGACGAAACCAGAGAUUGUGAACGAGAUCCAAACGGAUGACAUGUUCUGGGCGGACCUUAGUCCCGAAAAGGUUUUCCUCGUCCGCGUUUUGGUCGACCACGCCGUCGAGCAGAAGAGCCUAGAAAGGCUCGAGACCAUUCUUCCUGUCGUGACUGCCCUGGCGUUCCGUAUCCAGACGGUCUACAAUGAUCUUAUCGAACAAGCAGAGGCGGAUGAACAAGAUCGCCUUCUCCGUGGGGAAGACGCGCCUGAGGACGAGGAGCGGGCCGACGCGCUCUUGGACAAAGAGUUUGUCGUGGAAGAGCUGUUGCGCAUCGCGGUGAAGGUGGACUAUGGCGACGAAAUCGGAAGGAGGAAGAUGUUCACGCUCGUUCGUGAUAUGAUCUCUCAGGAAGCGCUGCCUGAACGACUUCUCACUCGAUGCUUGGACGUUCUCCGAGUCCUGGUUCGUAGCGAAAAGGAGCUCAUUCGUAUCGUCGUCGAAGUCGUCCACGAGCUCCGCGAUACCGACGAGGAACUUCCUAAAGAAGAAACAAACGACGAUGACCUGUCCACCGUGGGCGGCACAGCCAGACCUCGCUCCACAUCGACUCAACCAGCCGCUCCGAAAGCGGUGGAGGACAUGACGCCCGAGGAGCGCGCCAGGCAAGACGCAGUCGAUAUUCGUUGUCUCGAUCUUUGUAUCGGGAUGUUAGAACGCUGCAACAGUAAAUUCGACGAGAACGUGAUUUUGCAGGGUCUAAUGGCCGAACUCGUCAUUCCGUCUGCGCAGAAGAAGGAUUUCACCAUGAGGGAGAAGGCUUUGACGUGUCUGGGGCUUACUUCGCUCAUCUCGAGGGAUUUGGCCUUCGGCUCGUUCCACCUCUUCAUGAAGCAGAUUCCGACCUCCCCGGAAGAGCUCAAGGUCCGCAUCAUACAGGUUAUCAUCGACGUUUUUAUGGUGCAUGAAGUGGAUUUCUUGGCGAACGAAAAGACCGACGACGUGAUCAACUAUCUUCGUGAGAUCAUGGAGAAUGACGAGUCGGACAGGGUACAGGCCGUACUCGCGAUGGGGUUCGCGAAGUUAAUGCUUUCGAGGAUGGUCACCGAGGACAAGGUCCUCGCGUCGCUCGUGGCAGUUUACGUCUCACCCUAUACAGCCGAUAACCAAGAACUGCGUCAAUGCUUGUCGUAUUUCUUCCCCGUAUUCUGCUGGUCCUCGCCUGUGAACCAGAGGCAGAUGCAGAAGGUCUUCCCGGCCGUAUUCGAGAGACUGUGCAAGGAGUCAAACGAGUUGGAGGAGGACCAGGAGAUGGUCACGCCAGCUCAGAUUGCCGGAAUGUUUGUCGAUUGGACCGACCCGAGAAAAGUGUCCGAGCUCGUCCCAGGCAGCAUGUCAGACCCGGAGAUACAUUUCGAUAUGGCGCAUGAUAUAAUGACCAUGCUGGCUGGGAAGGCUUUGAACAAGAGCGACAAGAAAGUCCUGUGCCAGCAUUUGUCAAAGCUACAUAUCCCCGACGUCAUCGACGACGAUAAAGUCCGGAAAUUGAAACUGCUCAUGCACACCCUCGAAUCCCGUCGUCCGCUAUCCGACACACCCUCCAAAAAAGCAGUCGAAAAGUUCGACGCCUCCAUCAGCAAGAAGUUCUCCGAGCAGCUGCGCGAUUUCAGCGAAGAAGAGUAUCGCAAGCUGGAGUCGUUGAAGGAGACGUUCGAGGUGCUGGAUUUGAUCAGGCCGGUGGAGGAGGAUUCGGAUUAUGAGGAGGAGGGGGAGAAGGAGAAGACUAAGGUGGCGAAGAAGAGGUUGGGGAAGAAGAGGAGGUCGGGGAGUAUUACGACUGAUACGUCGGCGGGGGAAGAGGCGGAGGAGGAUCAGCCGAGGAAGAAGAAUGGGAAGGGAAAGGCGAAAAGGCGAAGAGUCUCCGGUGAAGACGAAGUCGAAGACGACGAUUCCGUUCCAGGAUCGAGACAAUCUUCUGUGACACCGAGUGCGCCUACGAGGACUAUGCCGAAGAGGGCUGCUACAAAGAAAGUGAGCAUGGCGCCGGUUGUCCUCGAGGACGAAGAGGAUGACGAAGAAGACGAGGAUGAGGAAGACGAGGAGUCUACUCCUGUCCCACCCUCGAGGCGUAGUCGGGCUGCUGCUAGCAAACCCAUGCCAAAGCCUAAGGCGUCGUCAUCGUCGAGGAGAAAGCAGCCAACGCGGGACGAAGAGGACGACGACGAGGAGGACUCUGAAGGGCCUAGUGCUAGCGUGGACGGGGAUCAGGAUUCGGUCGCAGGGCCGGAAAUUGAUGAGGAGGAAGAUGAUGAUGAGGUGGCUGAUCUGCUUGAGGGGGACGAUUCCGAGUAGAAAGCGAUACCUUUUGAGUCGAGUUGAUCUAUGUGUGAUAGUAUUUUCGUGCGAGGUUUUUCUCUUUAGUUGUAUUACG